AUGGCCAAAUCAAAGUCCUCUAAGAGGGACAACGUGCCGCAGAAACAUCUUCACUCCAGAUUAUCGUACCUCCACCAGGCUGCCACAUAUCUAGCAACCGUCGGCAACUACAAUACUCAGCAGGGAGUGGCUGAGACUGCCGGAACUGCAGCUUCCGUGGACAUCAAGGACUCGACCUCGUACAAUUUAACUGAGGCUACCCGCCUACUGAUGCAUCUCCGCGCCGUCUCUCGAAAGUCGCAAAUCCGCCUGGCACCAAGACUGAAGCAUUCAAUCUGCAAGCGCUGCGAUGCACUCCUGAUCCCUGGUGAGACAAUGACAGAGAAGGUCGUCAACCCCAGUAAGGGAGGCAGGAGACCAUGGGCGGACCUGUUCGAGAUCCGUUGCGACAAAUGCGGGUCUAUCAAACGAUUUCCUUUGCGAAAGAAGGGGGAUCAAGUCGGGGUGGAAGGAUCAAAGCCAAUUGCAAAGGUUUAA